CAGUUGUCAGUAAGUCGGUUGACUUUGAUAGUUUAUUUGAUAGAUAUCUAACUUAACUACUUACUGUAGUUAAGUGAACUUGAAAAGUUGAAACUUUGUUACUAAGUUAGAGAAUUCAUAUUUUAAGAAGUUAUAUUAUAAACUUUUUUAAUGACUUUAAAUUAUCUCAAAAUCGUUAUUUAUGCCUAAGGAAAAUAAUGUAUUUAAUCGUGUUUAUUCUGGUGUUGUCGCAUCCUUGUAAUUUACCGAUAAAUUGGGCGUCGAGUUCGUCGGUGCCGGCGGUGGAGUACGGCGAAUUGAAGCUAUUCCAGGCGGCGGCCGCGUACGAGGUGGAAAGCGAGGUGCUGCUGGCCGACGACGUCGCUAACCGUACCGACAUCGGGUACAGAAUCACAGCCUCGCUGAUCGUCGAGCCGGCCUGGAGUGCACCCGAUUCACACCAUGAGUUUUUGUUAAAGUUCCAUUUGCAAUCACCCAAGUUAUUUCUUCGAGGGAACCGCGCGAACGCCGAGUUUCUUCCCCACAAGUCUAUAUGGGACUCACACGCAGAUUCCACAUUUUAUGCAUAUUGGAGGAAUGGAAUCAUUAAUAAUACUUUUUUGGACCCAAAUGAGGCACCCGAUAUACUCAACUUUAAAAAAUCACUCAUCAGUCUAUUUCAAUUUCAAGCCCUCGAUGGAGAACACAUAGAGUCAGACAUUUCAGGCCAAUGUGAUGUGCUUUAUGAAACAAUAUCGAUGACAUCAUUCAGAAAGAUAAAAAGGAAGUGUUCGGUGGAGGAGACGCCGGAGGAGCGCGAGGCUGACGUGGCCGCGCAGGAGGAGGAGGAGGUGGAGCGCGGCGCGCAGUACUGGCUGAGCGCGGCGCUGGACGCGCUGCACGACGUGCGCGCGCACGAGGCGCGCCGCCUGGGCCCGCGCGGCGCCGCGCUGCGUCUGCGCGCCGCGCUGCAUCUGCGCCGCGCCGCGCCGCCCGCGCCGUCCGCGCCGACCGCGCCGACCGCGCCGCCGGCGCUCGCCGCCACGCUGCAGCGGCUGCCGCCCGCGCUCGCGCCGCUCAGCCUGGCGCCGCACUUCACGGACGACCCCACCGCCGACGACACGCCGCUGGAGCAGGCGGUGGAGGAGGCCCGCGAGGCGCUGGCGACGGACGAGGCGGGCGCGGGGGGCACGGCCGCCGAGGCCGAGGCGGCGGCGCGCCUGCUGCACGCCGUCCGCGCCGCGCCCGCGCCGGCGCUGGCCGCGCUGCUGCGGCGCGACCGCCUGCACGCGCUGCGGCCCGCGCUGUGCCGCCUGCUGGGGCUGGCGGGCACGGCGGCGGCGCACGCGGCGGCCGACGGCUUCCUGCACCUGGCGGCCGCCGACCCGCUGCAGCCGCUGGCGCGCCACUACCUGGCGGCGGCGGCGCUGGCCGAGCGGCCGCAGCCGGCGCGCGUGGCGGCGCUGCUGCGGCUGGGCGAGGAGGCGCGCGACGCGGCCGUGGCGGCGGCGGCGCUGCUGGCGGCGGCGGCGGCGGCGCCGCGCGCCGGGCCUCGCGCCGGCCGCGCCGUGCGCGACUCGCUGCUGCGCUCGCUCGCCCGCUGCAAGGAGGACGAGUGCCGCGCGGUGCGGCUGCGGGCGCUCGGCAACCUGCGGCGCGCCGACGGCGCCGAGGCGCUGCUCGAGCACGCCGAGCGCGGCCGGCGCGGCGCCGCGCUGGCCGCGCUGCACGCGCUGGACGCCGCGCCGCCGGCCGCGCUGGCCGCGCCGGCGCGCCGCCGCCGCCUGCUGGCGCUCGUGUGCUCGGGCGGCCGCGCGCUCGACGUGCGCGGCGCCGCGCUCGACCUGCUGCUGCGCCGCUCGCCGCCGGCCGCGCUGCGCGAGGUGCUGGCCGGCGUGAGCGGCGGCGCCGCGCCGGCCGAGCUGCGCCGCCUGCUGUGGCAGCGCGUGCGCCAGCUGGCCGCCGACGACGCCGGCGUGGCGGCCGCCGUGCGCGCGCUGCCGCCGCACCUCACCGCCUGGCACGCGCAGGCACAGCCCGGCACGUCGUCGGUGCUGACGCGCAGCACGGGCUGGACGGCGCUGGGCUGGCGCGCCCGCCUGGAUUCGGUGCAGCUGGCCGCCGCCGGCCUGCUGCGAGCCGGCCGCGUGCGGCUGCUGGCCGACGACGGCGCCGGCGUCGCCGAGCAGCUGUCCGUGGAGCUGUGGACGCGCGGGCUCGAGUCGCUGGCCGGCGCGGCCGAGGGCGCGGCCGCCGAGCUGGACGAGGGCGACGAGGGCGCCGAGGCCGCGGCCGGCGGGCUCGAGCUGGGCGUGGGCGGCGUGCGGCUGGCCGGCGUGCGCCUGUUCGACGGGCAGGCCGAGCUGCUGGCCCACGUGUGGGCGGGCGCGGGCAGCGAGCCCACGCCGGCGCUGCGCGCGCUGCUGCCGCUGCGCACGCGCGCCGGCCGCGCCGCGCUGCUGGCCGGCGCCGCGCUGCACUACCGGCGCGCGGCGGCGGCGGCGCUGGCGCUGGACGCGCACGCGCAGGUGUCGCUGUGGUCGCGCGGCGCGCGCGCGGCGCUGGAGCUGCGCGCGGGCGGCGCGGGCGGCGUGCGCGCGGCGCUCGGCGCGGCGCCGGGCGCGCCGGCGCUGCGCGCGCACGCCGCCUGGCGCGCCGAGCCGCGCCUGCUGCUCGCCGCCGACCUCGACUUCUACGACAAGGUGGCGCUGUGCGUGCGCGCGCACCUGCCCGACUUCCAGUACGCGCACAACGUGACGCUGCGCUGGGCGGCGGGCGGCGCGAGCGGCGCGGCGGCGCGGCGCUGGGCGCGGCCGGCGCCGGGCCGCACGCUGUCGCUGGGCGCCGCCAACGACGCCACGUGCCGCGCGCUGGUGGCCGCCGACGACCGCUGACCCCGCUGUCGGCACGGGCCGCGCCGGCGCGCUCCUCGUUUUAGAGUUUAAUUUGUAAAUUGAUCGCAGACCAAAGAGCCGAUACUGAAUUUAUCAACUGUCUUAGUAUAUAGUUUGUACGCGUCCGGGAUAUAAUCUAUUAUGUAAUUUUUUUAUAUACAUGUUUAAAAUUGUAUACAGUAAACAAUAAAUAUGAAUCAAUUAAGUUUUGCUCGUUAUAUUGUUACUUGUUUCAUUCAUACAUCGACGCUAGCCAGACAAUGUAUUUGUUUAUUGUCAUUAUAAAUAUACCUGUUAUACUACA